AUGGCUCCUAAAGCUGGUGGUGAUUCUGCUAAAGUUAAUUCGUCUGUAUACAAAGAUAAAAGUAAACCUACAGAUAUUCGUCUGAGUAAUAUAAAUGCCGCAAAAGCUGUCUCAGAUGCUAUUCGUACAAGCCUUGGCCCUAGAGGCAUGGAUAAAAUGAUUCAAGCUGCAAAUGGAGAAGUGACCAUUACAAAUGAUGGAGCAACUAUUUUGAAACAAAUGAGUGUGAUUCAUCCAGCAGCUAAAAUGUUAGUUGAACUAUCGAGGGCUCAAGAUAUUGAAGCUGGUGAUGGUACAACAUCAGUCGUUGUGAUUGCUGGAGCACUGCUUGACGCUGCUGAAAAGCUAUUACAAAAGGGCAUUCACCCCACUGUUAUAUCUGACGGUUUCCAAAAGGCUUUACAGAUGGCUCUACAGGUUAUUGAAGGAAUGUCAACUCCAGUUGAUUUAAGCAAUGAAGAUGCACUAUUGAAAGCUGCUGCUACUUCUUUGAACUCAAAAGUGGUGUCACAGCAUUCUACUAUACUAGCUCCAAUCGCUGUACAGGCAAUCCGUGCAGUAAUGGAACCAAUUCCGAAUGGCAUCGGUGCACGUGUGGAUCUUCGUGAUGUGAAGGUGAUUGAACGUAUCGGUGGAACCGUGGAAGACACUGAACUAGUCCAAGGACUGGUCAUUCCUCAUAGAGCCUCCAACGUGAAUGGACCUCACCGCAUUGAGAAGGCUAAAGUGGGACUCAUACAAUUCUGCAUCUCACCACCAAAAACUGAUAUGGACCACAAUGUUAUUGUAUCCGACUAUGCUGCUAUGGAUCGCGUGUUGAAGGAAGAACGCCAGUACAUCUUGAAUAUUGUGAAGCAGAUCAAAAAAGCUGGCUGCAAUGUGUUGUUGGUUCAGAAAUCAAUUUUAAGAGAUGCUCUCAGCGACCUGGCCAUUCAUUUCUUGGACAAAAUCAAAACUAUGGUUAUCAAGGACAUUGAGCGUGAAGACAUUGAGUUUGUGUGCAAAACUCUUGGAUGUCGUCCCAUUGCUUCUCUAGAUCAUUUCACCGCAGAAAACCUUGUCAAUGUAGACCUUGUAGAGGAAGUGAAUGAGCCAUCUGGGAAGUACAUCAAGAUGACAGGCUGCGCUGGUGGUGGCAAGACGGUCUCGGUUCUAGUUCGCGGUACAUCAUCCGCCGUGGUUGCGGAGGCGGCUCGUUCGUUGCAUGAUGCUUUGUGUGCUGUCCGCUGUGUCGCCCGCCGUCCAGCCUUAUUGCCAGGGGGUGGAGCUCCCGAGGCCGCAGCGGCCGCUGCUCUGGCCAGAGCCGCCAUCGCAGCCCCCGGGGCUGAUCACUACUGCCUCAGAGCGUACUCGGAUGCCCUCGAAGUCAUACCAUCCACACUCGCAGAAAAUGCAGGUCUGAAUCCCAUCGAGACGGUGACUGAGCUUCGUGCAGCCCACGCGUCCGCCUCGUGCGCCGGCUCCGGCGUGAAUGUCCGCCGCGGCAGAGUUACAGAUAUGAGGCACGAGAACGUCUUACAACCUCUUCAUGUGACGGCGUCCGCUUUAGGACUAGCCACUGAGACUGUGCGGGCUAUACUCAAGAUUGACGAUAUUGUGAGUUAUAAUCUUACAUGUUCCAUAGAAUUAGCUAGUAUAGUCACAGGACAUUGGCCUGGCCUGGGCAAUUACCAAUGCAGGCGGCCAGUCGUAAAAACAAUUAGACAAAACUAUUUACAACAUGUGAGGCAGACUCUGGCUAUAGCUGGGAAAUUGCCAGGUAGAAUAAUAAGUCAGAUAACAUUGGCAAAAUAUAUAAGGAAACGCUUCUAA